CUUUAUAUCUAUCCUGUUCCUUCCCGUCCUGUACCUCUCUGCGAUCGAAAUCUGGACUGGGCCCCUCUCUCUUGAAGUUGAAGUUGGAGUUGUGAGAGACAUGGCGGAGAAAAUGAAAGGCAUGAGAUUGGAGCAAAGGCACGGGAAGGCGAGGGUGAGAGUCGGCAGGGUUUGGAAGACAGAAGAUGGCCGGCAUUCAUUUGCCGAGUGGUCCGUUAGCAUCACUCUCCUCUCCGAUUGCCUUCCUGCCUAUAUCCAUGGCGACAACUCCUCCAUCGUCGCCACCGAUACCAUGAAGAACACCGUAUAUGUUAAAGCAAAGGAAUGUUCAGAACAGAUUUCAAUGGAGGACUUUGCAAUUGGACUUGGCAAGCACUUUACAUCCUUCUAUGAGCAGGUUACUGCCGCCAUCAUCAAGAUAGUGGAAAAGCCAUGGGAGCGCAUGUAUAUAGAUGGUCAAUCACACGAGCAUGGUUUUAAACUUGGAUCUGAGAAGCACACGACAGAAGUUACAGUUAAGAAAUCUGGUGCUCUGCUGGUGACUUCUGGCAUUGAAGGAUUGGCAGUGCUGAAGACUACCAAGUCAGGUUUUGAAGGAUUCGUGAGGGACAAAUACACAAUUUUACCCGAAACACGGGAGAGGAUGCUAGCAACAGAGGUGACUGCAUCAUGGAGGUACUCUUUUGAAUAUUUAGAUGGCAUUCCUGCAAAGCCACUCUACUUUAAUGACAGAUACCUGAAUGUGAAAAAAGUUUUGGUUGAUACUUUCUUUGGUCCUCCAAAGGAGGGAGUAUACAGCCCAUCUGUUCAAAGCACUCUUUAUCAAAUGGCAGAGGCUGUUCUUGCAAGGUUUCCUGAUAUAUCAUCAAUCCAAUUAAAAAUGCCGAAUAUCCAUUUCCUGCCGAUUAAUCUAUCAACCAAAGAUAAUCUUAUUGUGAAGUUUGAAGAUGAUGUUUAUUUACCAACAGAUGAACCACAUGGAUCAAUUGAAGCGAGCUUGAGCCGCAUCUUGUCCAAGAUGUAAAGCUGCUGCUAAGUAGUGUUUUCAGUUGUCUUUUUUUCUGCUAUGUCCUCAAAAGGGUUCCAUUAGUAUACUUGGUGGAAUCUAGUGUAUCUUAGCCAAACCCUUCGCAUGAUGGCUUGACAUGUGGUUGUAUGGUCUGGAGAUGCUUACUUGUCUUGCAAUGUGUAUGUAAAUUAUGUUGUUUAAAUAAUCAGCUUCUUGCUGACGAUUGUGUAUUUUAGAGUCAUCUCAGUCUUUCAUGA